CAGAACCCUUUUGGGGAACUGAGGCAACCCAACUGCAAACUGACCUGGCGAUCACAGCCACUGCGAACAUGUUGACAGUAUUGGCUCUGAUGACACUGCUGAUGGUCCCGGUAGAGUCGGACCUCUCCAAUGAAGAGUUGAAGUCUCUGAGUAACCCACAGAGCAGGACCUUGUUUUUCCGGAUCCUGCAGUCGUAUCUUGAAGGCAGAGAGAGCGAAGCUCAAGCAAUGAACAGGAAAACAAACGUGAAGGAUAGCAAAAACAGCAAUAUAGAAAAUACUGGUUAUGACAAAUAUGACCUCUUUCUUCACAAUGACAUUUAUGAUGUUUAGCUGAAGAUUUCAUUUUUAGUUUCACAUGUAAAUCAGGUAUUAUGUCUAAUAGUUUGAGAAAUGUUCAAGUUAUUAUAUUUGUAAUGUUGUUUAGCAUGGAUAAACCGAAACACUUGCUUGACAAAUGUCUGUUUUUCUUUAUAUAAUAUUUAAUGUUAUAAAUGUUUUCUAAAGUUAAAACUAGCUGAUAAAAGCAAAGCAUGUCAUAGAUAUUGUGUUUAUAUUGUAAGUAAUACGGAAGAAAUGUAUUGGUCACUAUAGUUGAAAUCUUUCUAGUUGUUUAUUUGUUUACUAAAUAAAUAUGAGAAUGGAAACAUCUCAUUCUUAAUUCUAUUCUACAGAAAGAAACAGAGAAGCAGACAUUAUUCAAAAAGAGUAAAGAUCUCUUAAAUGGUUGAAAAAAAAAUGAAAUGCUGAAAACUUCUGUGUAAAUAUUAAAAGACGUUAGUUUAAAAUAAAAGUA